GUACGAUUUUUAUUCGAUUAUUCUUUGUUGGAAAUCUAAUAUUUCGUAUUGGUGUUCGUUCACCGUGAAGUCGGAGAACAAAACUUUUGCAUAUUCGUCGAUCACAGUUUCUGGUUUGAUCGCACUGGCUUUCCGUUCCCGCUAUGACCAAAAUAUGUAAAACUGAUAACACGACGUAAUCGGUCAAUUUCUAUCCAUAAUAGUUUCUCCCAGUCUUUUGUGAAUGGUACACGACCUAAAUCAGGUAUUUGAAAGCCUGUUGCGUAUACCAACGCAUAGAUAUAUACGUAAUGUGCCUGCAAGGAACAUCUCCCUCCUACCAUAAUUUUAUUCCCCUUUCGUUAAUCCUAUCAUUAAUGAAAUACACAAUUUAAUUAAUUACGUUGGAAUAGAAAUUCUGUGAACAAUAGCAUCGCGACCAAAAUACAAGCGAUUCAGUAAAUCUGUAUGCGCGUGAUAUUCAAUAAAUAAUUCUAUUGAAUAUUAUGCACACGUUUCGACGAUACUUUCUAAACAUGUGUGUUACUACGAAAUUUGUUGGUUUGUUGUACAUUGUAUAGAUAUUGUACAGUGUACCGAUAACCAGAAUUAAUUGUAUGAAGAUACAUAAAGAAAACAAAGUGACAAAGUGCUCGACAAAGGACGGACGAUACAGGAGCAAGUAACCAGCGUGCUGCAAGUUAUUAAGAAAGUUCACGCAAGUAAUUGCAACAAGACCCGUUAAUGGUAGCUUCCCCGGUUCCAUCCACGCCCAUCUGCGCUCUAAUCUUUUCGCGGCUAAUGAAAGUCGAAGACACCGGUGCAAACUAGAUGACAAAGUACUUAUCGAACCUAACGAAUGUAGAUGGAAAGCAGGACGGAGCAGGCAACGAGGCCCAAUUAUCCACCAAUCGUAAUUACAGAUUCGGAGAAUUCCGCAGCCGGAUUAACCCGAUCCUUCGUUCGUUCGGUUGUCCGAAUGUCGCGAGUCGUUCCACGACCCUUUGGUUAGUCGAAAAACCGACGCUCACGGCUGAGCGUUGUACGUGACUCGUAGAAAAUAGGUUUUCGCGAAAGCGGGAGGUCGCGAGCUUCGACCGGCGUCGCCCUUUGGGAAUUCGAUAAUGGGCUUUCGGGUCGAUAGAUUUGCCGUAUCCAUCGUUUACCGAUUAACCGGGAAAUGAUCGAAGUUACUGAUAAACCGAACGUUUUCGCGGUGAAAACGAUUUCGAAAAACGUAUCUACCAAACUCAAUUGUUCGCGAUAUACGAGUCAAAGUACGUACGUGAACAGAAGCUUCAUUGCUCAUGUAUUACAUCGCGAAUUCUCACUAUCCGAGCAACCGCAUUCCUUCGUUAUCAAUCUCUGCCUAUACGCACCCAUUUCGUUAUCCCGUACCUCGUUCCUCGAUGGUAAACUCAAAGGAUUUCAUACGCUUCAGUUUCAAUUUCGCCAAAGGUUUCCCUUUUUGUUCGUGAAUAAAGAUUUAGUCGAUUGGUACACGCGAGUCUAUGGAUAGAAAAGGAGACCGCGAAGUUACGACGCGUUCGUGUAAAUACAACUGGGAAUCGAUGAAUCCUCGUGGUUUGUUUUACGCCUUGUUACACUCACGAGGAAAAGGUGUGGCCCAUUAUCGUGUAGCUCGACGCGCUUUAACUUUUUCUUUAAAUUAUUACUUUCGGCCGAGGUAGUCGACUCGUUUCUUGUCUUCACAUUUUUAGGGACACACGCUCAGAAUAGACGCAAAAGAGACUGAUUACGAAACGAUCGGAUUGCUAACUUCGAGUGAUAAUGAUUCACGUUCAUGGUGCCUUGAAGCCUGAGUAAACCGCAGGAGUGACGUGGCGAGCGUUCUUCGAUCAAAUGAUUUCCGUAAAGACGAGGGAUACGUCGGGUUCUCAGGUGUCGAGGUUUGAAAUCCGAUGUGAACUUUCAUCUCUUUCCCGUGGUUUCCAAAACUUACUUGGUAAACUAGCGUCUGCCGUGUCUACGGCAACAGUAAAAAAAAACUGGGAAACGCAACGAUAAAAUUAUGGAUGAGAAAAGACGAGGACGCGAAGUAAGAAAGAAGCAAGAAGGUCGAAGGGGAUAAAGGACACAGUAAUUCAGCAACGUAAUUACGGUAAUUUCUCCGGCGUAAACGUGCACUGGAUACGACUAAACGCGGAGCGUUCGCUGUACGUUCCGAAAGAGCGUUUUCAGCGAAUCUAUCUAAAGAAGCAGGGGAAGAAUAAGGCGACGCAGCAGUUCUCCGGUUAGAAUCCACGGCUGGGGUCGCGAUAUUCUUAUGCGAAUACGCAAAAAUGUUUCCCAGGAGCAUUCACAAUUUCUGCUGGGUUUCGUAUACUUGGAAUAAGUAAGAAAACGAGGGAGACUCGUAGAGCGAGGCUCGGGGAGCAGACCAUUCGUUCCUGGAGGAAGAUCAACAAGUAGUUAGCAAGCGGUGGGGCAAGGUCUGUUUGUAUGCUGGCGAGGGGAUUGGGAGUGCGGGCACGAACACAGUGACCGCGUAGGAGGGAUGGACGGGAUCUGUGGGGGAAAGCGCGAGGAGGGAGUCGGAGUAUUCGGGGCAGACAGGCAGGCAGCAGGCGGCAAGCGAGUCGGCGAGUAAGCUAGGCUAGGAAGCGCAGAGUGCCGCGAACGAAACGCGUCCUCGUUGGUGUUCAGUUGGGAAGGCGCGUUUGUACGACGUUGAUCUUUCGUGUCGCGUUAUCGUUCAGAGUGCAAAUAGUGUGAAAACGAAUGUUUGGUUCGCCUUCCGAGCGAAGCGACCGACGAGAAGAAGAAGAAAGAGCGAAGGGCAGAAAAAGAAGAUCAAAGGGACCAUGAGAACUAUGUGUAUCAGUGACGCACUUUAGUGAUACAAGGAUUUGAAUUUGCAUCAAAGUGAACAAAACGAAGACGCCUGAGAGGGAGAGAAUCAGCGAGAAACGUGGUCGCUUCGGCCGAAACGACAAGCCGAAGGAAAGGAAAGGAGGAACAUGUCGCGAGGGCAGCUUCUAGGGGCUUGGGCAAGGCCCAGCCAUCUGUUCCUGUCGUUUCUGCUUCUCUGGGUUACUCUUGCCGACGCAACCAGAUUGAGGCAUUCGAGACACUUGGACGCGAGAACACAGUUCUUGAGCGAAGAAGAAUUGUUACCGAUGCAGCUGGACGAGAACCACAAUCACAAGCCGGUCUUUUCGAAUUGCUCGAAUUACGCGCCGGUGGUGAAGGAAGAGGAACCAGUGGGCAUCGAGGUGAUUCAAGUACGCGCCGAGGACAGGGACCGUCCGGAAGACGGAGGUACGAUCACGUACAGCUUCGUAACUGCCCCGGGCGAGAAGCUUAAGUUCGAGAUCAACAACAAGACUGGAUUGAUCAGGACUACUCAGAUUUUGGACAGGGACGAGCCUGCCAGGGAAAAGGAGGCUUACCUGACUGUGCUCGCGACCGAUAACGGUAGGCCGCAGCUCGACGACGUCUGCACGUUCAAAGUUACCAUCGAGGACGUGAACGAUAACAGCCCCGUGUUCGACAAAGUGGUCUUUCGUGGACACGUGUGGAAGGCGUACACCGAGUCGGUGCCGCAAGAUUUACCUUUAGGACGCGAAGUGAUGAGAGUCUCGGCCACGGACAUUGACGACGGUAACAAUUCGGUCGUUUACUACAGCCUAUCGCCGAAGAAACCCGAGGACGAAGUAUACUUCCGAAUAGAUCACAACACCGGAGUGAUAUUUCUUAACAAGACCAUCGACAGAAAUCCCGAGUACAAGUUCAGCAUGAUAGCCACGGUGCAAGAUCAGGGAGAGAGUCCAAAAUCGAGUAUCAUUGAUCUGAACAUCCGGGUGGUCGAAUCGCACAAGAAGGCUCCGACGUUUGAACCACGUUCAUCCGAGCCGAUCCGCCUUGACGAGAACUACAGAAACUUCAGCACGAGCAUCGCGCAUCUGAAAGCGAACUCGAAUAGUGGCGAUAACACCGGUCUCCUGUUCGAGCUGCUGUCUGGUAGGACCGAGCAAACCAAUAAGGGCAACACGUUCAGAUUGGAAUCGAACGGAGACGUGGCCGACAUCAAACUCUCGCAGGACCUUGACUACGAGAGCAACACGGCGUACACGCUGAUCGUACGAGUGCAGAACAAGUACCAGUUAGCCGCCGAGACCGUGAUCGAAGUCGAAGUGCUGGAUGUGAACGAUAACAUUCCAGUGUUCCGUGAGAUGAAGAAAGGAAGCGUGCUGGAGAACGAGCCGCCGGGUGUACCUGUGAUGCAAGUGAAAGCGAUCGACAAGGACGGAACCUCCGCUAAUAAUCAGGUCACGUACGAGCUGGACAACUUUCGGGAUCAAUUCGCGAUCGACAAGUACACCGGGAACAUCACCACUCUGACGACGUUCGACAGGGAAGUUCAGGACACGUAUAAUGUGAAGGUAAUCGCCGUGGACAACUCUCCGAGCGCUUUGCCCGGAUUCAACAACGAGCACAACAAGGGUCAGCAGGUGUUCCGGAUUGAGAUCGCCGACAAGAACGAUAACGCCCCUCACUUCACGCAGCCGGUGUACAUCGCGAAGUCGAUCCCCGAGAACGCGAACAUAAACGCGCUGGUGACCGAAGUGAAGGCGCUCGAUUCGGACACCGCGAGUCCGGUCACGUACAGUAUCAUAUCCGGGAACACGGACGAUAGCUUUUACAUCGAGGGCACCACCGGCAAGAUUCGCGUGAAAAAGCCUCUGGAUUACGAGAAGAAUACAGAGUACAACUUGACCGUGAGGGCGUUCGACGGCGUGUUCAACGACACGGCCCAGGUCAAGAUCUUCAUCGAGAACAUCAACGACAAUCCGCCGGUGUUCGAAGACUUCGAGAAGAACCCGACCAUCAAAGAGGAGGAGUUGGUUGAAGGUUGCAUCACGACCGUGGUCGCAUACGAUCCCGACAUAAAGAACAGAAGCGCCGAUCAGCACAUCGCGUACUUCAUCGUGAAGGAGGAUCAGCAACCUUUGAUCGGUAUCAAUAAGACCGGGUGCAUGACGUUGAAGAAACCUCUCGAUCGCGAUCCGCCUUUGGGAUAUUCCAUGUGGACCGUGAUCGUGAUGGCGCGCGACGAAGACGGAUCGCCGACCGCGUUGAGGGAACUGGUCAUGGUGAACAUCACGCUGAUCGACAUAAAUGACAACGCGCCGUUCCUGGACAUGUCUUAUCCGGUGGUGUGGCAAGAGAACAAACCGCCUGGGAAAAUCACUGAGUUGAAGGCCCGCGAUUAUGACUCGGACGAGAACGGGCCACCGUUCGUGUUCCGGAUCGACGAGAAGGCGGACGAGAUCCGAGACAAAUUCGCGAUACAGGGUGCCGACCUGUUCGCGCGAGUCAAAUUCGAUCGGGAAGUCCAGAAGAGUUACGAGAUUCCGAUCGUGAUAACGGACAGCGGUAGCCCUCCGCAGACGGGAACCUCCACGUUAACGGUGAUCAUCGGGGACGAGAACGACAAUCAGAUGACCGAAGGUUCCAGUUCGAUAUUCGUCUAUAAUUACAAGGGCGAGGUACCGAGAACGGAGAUCGGCCGUGUGUACGUGAACGACUCGGACGAUUGGGAUCUGCCGGACAAACAUUUCGCAUGGGCAUCGUUACACGAUGGAUUCGAUUUGGAUCGGGACACCGGCAUGAUCACGAUGCUCCCGGGUAUCUCGAAUGGCACGUUUAUUCUUAAGUUCACGGUUACCGAGCAUAGCGCGCUCAUCGAUCGGCACGAGGUGAACGCGUACGUGAACGUUACCGUGAGGGAGCUUCCGGAGGAGGCGGUGACCAGAUCUGGGUCGAUACGUUUCUUUGGGAUGACCGCCGAGGAAUUCGUCGCGCCUGACGACUCGGGCAUCAGCAAGAAGGAAAUAUUCCAGGAGAGAGUCGCAAAUAUGCUGAACGUCUCUGUGGAGAACGUGGACGUGUUCACGGUUCUCCACUCGCCUCAUUACAACAACAAAAGCUUGCUGGACGUACGUUUCUCCGCGCACGGUAGUCCCUAUUAUGCACCCGAGAGGUUGAACACUAUCCUCGCGCAGCACUCGAAAGAUGUCGAGCGAGAAAUGAAAGCCAAGAUUUUCCUGGUGAAUAUCGAUGAGUGUCUAAUCGAGAAACUACACUGUAAUAAUACAUGUCGCAGUUUCUUGAACGUGAGCACAAUUCCGUAUUCAGUUUACACGAACACCAGCUCGUUUGUCGGCGUGAGAGCGGUCGUCGAUCCACAGUGCACGUGCCACGUGGCCGAACCGAUCGUCUGUUUGAACGGAGGCACGGCAUUGCCCGAUCGGUGCGAAUGUCCUCCUGGUCUCGAAGGCCCGAGGUGCGAGCUUCUCGGUAUCGGAUUCCACGGCGACGGCUGGGCCAUAAUGCCACCACCCGGCCAAGCCUGCGCCGAUUCUCACGUCGGUCUUGAAAUAACGGCUCACACGGAAAACGGUUUGGUGUUCUAUUUCGGACCGAUGAUCUACAGCCCACACAUCGGAAUCCAGGACUUCAUGGCUCUCGAACUCCAGCAGGGAUAUGCGGUCCUUUAUAUGGAUUACGGAACCGGCACCGUGAGACUCGACCAGCGGCGGAUCAAACUCACCGAUGGCAAGAGCCAUAGAAUAGACGUUGAAUUCAGAAAGAACACGAUCGAGUUGAAGGUGGACAACUGCGGCAUGUCGGCUUGCAUGAGUCUAACCGCGCCCGAAGGAACGAACGAAUUUCUGAAUGUGAACAGUCCGAUGCAAGUCGGAGGAUCAUUGACCAAUCUUGCGCAGCUAGCCUCGCAACUUGGUUGGAACUACAAGCCGACGAACAGAGGAUUCGUCGGGUGUAUACGCAACAUGACUUUCAAUGGAAAUACGUAUAAUUUGGGAAUGCCGUCGUUGUCCAGAAACGCGGACCCUGGGUGCGAUCACGGUAUGGCAAAGGCUGUGUCGUUUGGGAUCAAUACGAACUUUCUCGUCGCGAUACUAGUUUGUAUCGCGAUCUUGUUGAUACUGUUGCUGGCAGUGGUCGUGCACAGGCGGAAGACCGACGAUCUUUAUAAAGAUAUGGACGACAUCAGGGAGAACAUUAUCAACUACGAGGACGAAGGAGGCGGCGAAGUCGACACCGGUUACGACCUGAACGUGCUCCGCACUAUACCCUGUAUUUACGACGCUCCGCCCAUCGAUUCGAAAAUGGCGCCGGUCGGCUUGCAAUCCAGAGCUACGGACGAAGUACCAGACAUCUGCGGGUUCCUCGACGGCAAGAAGGAGAGCUGUGACAAAGAUCCUGACACGAAUCCGUUCGACGAUGUCAGGCAUUACGCGUACGAGGGUGAAGGCAAUUCCGAGGGUUCCUUAUCGUCUCUUGCUUCAUGUACCGACGACGGUGAUCUGAAGUUCAAUUAUUUGUCGAACUUUGGACCGAGGUUCCGAAAAUUAGCCGAUAUGUACGGAGAGGAACCGAGCGACGAGGAAAGCGAUGGUGUCGGCGAACGAGAGAGCGAAAGUUGGUGUUGAACUUAGCUCGCGUACUCCAUCGAAUCGUUCGCUGUAAAUCAGCAAUCUACGAAGAAGCGACGAACCCCCGCGACGCUUCCUCGCCUCUGUGUACUUAAUUCGAAACCGAGGAUAUACCCCGCGUUCUCUCUUCCCUCCUCCCCGAUACAGUGGUAUCGAAGCGCGCCGUGACUUGCUUCUUCUCAUUUCCUUGUUCGUUCAUCGAAUUUUCUCCUUUCCUUUCUCUUUCUCCCCUUUUUUUGACGCAUUUUUAAUUUGAGAAGACUGCUCGCGGUUCGAACAACCAGCCAGACGAUCAACGGCAAGAAUCCAGGACGAUGAGAAAGACAAAAGUGUACGUGCGAAAGGAGGACGCAUCGGCCGAGAUCUAAAUAGAACCGGCUGUACAGUAGUAAUAAAUGACGACGGACACCGACUACGCGAAUAUUCCGUGCGGGCACGCAUUCCAUUACUAACGAACGAAACGAUGUCUCCCGCGUUUCACGCGUGUUUCCUUCGGGUAACGAAGGAACAAGACCGGUUUUACGUUUUGGUAAUCAUACGAGUCACACGGUCUGGACAUAUUUUUUUUAUACACGUAUAUUAAACGUACGGGACGCGAGUACUGAUAUAAAGGGAAGGAUAAGCGAGAAGACGAUUCCAAACCGAAAGGAAAGACGAAACAAAGGCAGCGACGGAGCGGUGUACAACUGCUCCUUCUAUUAUAAUUUAAUUUAGGAUAUAGUAUUUUAUCAAAAGUAUACGCGUGCGAGCGAGUGACUAAAACACGCAUUGAAUCAUGCUUAGAAAAAAGGAAAAAAAAUGAUGCGUGACGUCUCGCCGCGUGUACGACGUGUGAAUGUGGCGCAUGACCGAGCGUGUGAAUCUGUUUCCUUAGGAGAUAUCAACGUUAACGUAGCAUGAGGGGCGCGUACGAUGCACGUUUUGGAACGGGUCCGCGCGAGACAACGAACGGCAUCGGCGAAAAACAGAUUCGAGUGCCAUAUCUUGGUAUCCAAGAUCCGAUCGAGGAAUGAGAUAGCGAAGAAGAACGGACGGUCUCCGCGUCGGUGAGCGAUUCAGAGGUGACGCGAGCCUCGUUACCCUCACGAACCUCUUGCACUACGCGUGUUCUCGAGAAGCACAGCUCGUUCCGCAUCGUGUCUUCCGGCAUCAGCUUCGAUGCCGUUUCUUUUUCAUGCGCGAACCAGCGCGUGCGCGUGCCGAAUUUAUCUUUGUGUAUAUAUAGAUGUAUAUGUGUAUGUAUAUUCGUGUACUGAUGUAGGCACCCGCCGCACGUACGUACACGCAUAUAUGUGAUAAUAAUUUGUAAGCUUUUUGUACGAUAAAUCAACGGCUAUAUGCGUAUGUAUGAUAACGAUACCAGAACAGGAUCAAAUAAUAAGAACAGAGAUAAGAAAAUACGGGAGGGCCUAUUAUACAAAUACGGUCGAGAGUACCUCUCGAGACGGUAAUUUGUCGGAAUAAAACCGCGUCUAAGGUGAGAGCGUGUGAUCUCAGAGUAUAUGCGUAAGAAUGAAUGAAUAGUGUUCGUCGAUAUUCGGAAAUGUUGCCAUCGGACGAUGACAGAACAAGUGCGAUUUCAAGUAUUUAAACGGAGUCGGGUUUUAUUCCUUACGAGAUGUAGACCUGCCCGAUUCCGUACGUAUCAGCGGACGCGAAGCAACGCGUAGGACGUUUUCAACGGAACACAGCCGUGGGUGCGAGGAAUACGUAUCCGCCGGUGGGUGCGACGCGAUCGAACGGAGAGCCGUUGGUUCGAUUUCGUCGCAGGAACAUUGUCCGUUGCGUACCAGCAAAUACACUGCGAAUCAACUACUUACUCGAACACUGCCCUUAUACACUAGUAAAGAAGCGAAGAGAAAAAUGAAAAAGACGGUUCCGUCCCGCGGCAAGAGGUCGCGGAUAAUACUUAAAACGUGCGUCUACGUAUGUACGCGAGCUUCUUACAGUUCCGAGGAAACCGGAACCGAAACGGUUCGCAGACCUAUUCAACAAUGUGAUAGUCGACCGCAAAGCAUUACGCGCAGCACACCUUUGUUCUUCACCCGCGAUCCAUCUAUUAUCGUUGAGAAUGAUGAUACGUGUAAUUUUAUGUCCUUUUUUUGUAGCAAUAAUAAAAGAUGAUGACGCAUCGAGAGAGAAACCUA